AUGGCGGAUUCAUGCGAUGUAUGCUUUUCUGAUCUGUCCACACCAGAUUGGGAAGCUGUGAAUGAGCUGAUACCCGGCCUUCGCAGAGUCAGCGUGCCUAACAUCACCCUGACCACAGACCCUCAUGGAAAGACAUACAACGAAUUUACAGGAAUCUGGUACAAAGAUGCAUCUGACAUAAUCUACCACAAAGUGAUUUCCAAAAUCAUCAGCAAAUUUAGGGGUCGCACAAGUCUUCUUGGUGAUCUGAUUCACAAAAACUGCACUUUGAAAAUCAACCCUUUAAAUCACAGCGAUGCUGGAUCGUACAUCUUCCGCAUCGAGAUCAAGUAUUUCAACAAGUACUCAUACAUGGAAAAUUUACCUGAACAACCCACCAUAUCGGUGAAGGAGGAAGUGAUGUCACAAAGAGAAGUGACCGCUGCCUGUAUCGUAUCAUAUUCCUGCCUGUCUGACCCGCCCCGUCUCACCUGGAGCCAUAAAGGGAGGCUCAUGAGUAACUCUCAGCCACAAGACCACGGUCAAUGGAGAUUAACAUCAAAUCUGACCUUCACACCCUCCAGAGAAGAUCAUAAUAAACCUCUCAUCUGCUCUGCAGAGUUCAGUAAUGGGAACAAAAUGACCAAUCCUCCUGAGAUCAAAAACGAGUCUUCCUGCAAAUAUGAGCUUCUUUCUGCCACAGUCUGUGUUUGUAUCGUGGACUCCAACCCACCCAGUGAAGUCAAGUGGUUUGGUCCCUCGACAGCUUUCCCCAGCUCUAGUGUUGAACAAAAUGGUUUUCUUACCAUCUUUACCCUUCAGGGGUGGCUGGGUUUCCCCAAUGCUGUACAUUGCUCUGCCAGUAACAGCGAGGGAAACUCUGUCAUAACUCUCCAAGUGCCUCAUCAUGGUGAACUGAUCAUCUACUCCUCAACAACAGGAACAUCAUCUGCUAGUGAGAAGAACCCUUGGAAUGCUGAAAUACCAAAAUCAGUAGUGGGUCUGUCUGGAUCAUGUGUGGUGAUCCCUUGUAAGUUCAACUACCCAUCAGAAGGAAAGACAUACAACGAAUUUACAGGAAUCUGGUACAAAGAUGGAUCUGUAAUCUACCACAAAGAGACUUCCGAAAUCAUUGAAAAUUUUAAGAGUCGCUCUACUCUUCUUGGUGAUCUGCAUCAUAAAAACUGCACUUUGAAAAUCAACUCUCUACAGCCCAGCGAUACUGGACCGUACAUGUUCCGCAUCGAGAUCAAAGAUUCAGACAAGUACUCAUACAAGGACAAUAAAGUUUCUAUUACAGUGAAAGAUUCACCUGAACAACCCAUCAUAUCUGUGAAUGACCAAGUGAUGUCACAGAAAGAAACGACCGCUACCUGUAUUGUGUCACAUUCCUGCCCGUUUGACCCGCCGCCCCAGCUAACUUGGAGCCCCAACGGCACGCACACAAGUCAGUCGCUGUCACAAGACCACGAUCAAUGGAAAAUAACUUCAUCUCUGACCUUCACACCCUUCAGAGAAGAUCAUAAUAAACCUCUCAACUGCUCUGCAGACUUCAGUGGUGGGAAAAAAGUGACCAGCAGCAAAACACUCAAAGUUAAAUAUACUCCAUAUAAUGUAAAUGUGAAGAGUAACUUGCCGGUGAAGGAGAACACAUCUGUUGAACUGAUCUGCUCCUGUGACAGUAAUCCAGCUGCUAAUUUCCAGUGGAUUAGUUUAAAUGGAUCUCUGUUGGCUAAUGGACCCAACUAUAAACUGAAUAAUGUGACCAGAUAUACUGAAGCCAUAUUCUGCACCGCCAAUAACACAGAGGGACAAAACAGCUCCAGUCCUCAGAAGAUUAAUGUGUUGUAUCCUCCUGAGAUUAAAAACGGGUCUUCCUGCAAAUCAGAGACUACAGUCUGUGUUUGUAUCGUGGACUCCAACCCACCCAGUGAAGUCAAGUGGCUUGGUCCCUCAGGAGUUUUCCCCAGCUCUAGUGUUGAACAAAAUGGUUUUCUUACCAACUUUACCCUUCAGGGGUGGGAGGGUUUCCCUGACGCUAUCCAUUGCUCUGCUAGUAACAGCGAGGGAAACUCUGUCAUAACUCUUCAAGUCCCUAAUCAUCGUAUGAUCAUAUAUAUUGCAGUUGCCACAGCUGCUGUUUUAGUUACUUUGGUGGUCAUUUUAGUUUGUGUAGCCAAAAGACACUGUAGGCACAGAGCUGAGGAACAGCAUUCGAUGGAUUUGAAAGCUGACUCGAAUGAAAUGAAGACAACCCCAAAGUCUGGCUUAGAAAGCAAAGAAGAGAAAAGCAAUGACAUUUACACAAACAACCAAGACAACGUUGAUUAUGAGAACUGGGGGUGUGAUGACCUGCCAUGUGGGCAAGAUGAAGAUGAAGCAGUCUAUGCUAACACGUAA